CGCGGCGCGGCGGGCGCGCACAGCGGGGCCGGCGGCCGCCGCCGCUCAGGAUAAACUGAAAAGCUCAGGGCGACUGAUCUUCAACAGCCCUGAUGCUCUCAUCUGGGUUGGAGUCUCUCCUUGAUUUCUCUGUGUCUGCUGUAACAGAGGAGUUGUACCCUGGGCUGCCAGAGAGCUUCUCCAGGGACCUCAUGGCAGUGCCGGGGCCCAGCCUGGGCUUGGAUGCACAGUCGGAUGGGCCAGUGCCCGUGCUGGCACACAGGGAUGGGCCAUGGACUUCUGCCCUGGGAAACUUCUGCCACAAGACACAGGAGCUGGGUGAUGUGCUUCAGGUGAUUUCUCAUGGGCCAGCAGAAUCCUUCCCUGAAGAAUUACUACAGGCUGGAGACCUUGCAGAGGGUGAAAAAAGCAGAAAAAGACACUUAAGGAAACUAGACUGUUCUGGUGAUGGGUACCAGAAAGAAGAUGAAGAGGCACAAGGUGCUGAGGACCAUCAUGCUGAGUGUUGUCCUUUAACUCUGGGGAAAAGUUGGUCAGAACAAGAGGACCCUCACCUAAAUGAGCAAGAGGCAAAGUCCUUGAGAACCCAUUGCACUGAAAUUGCAGGAUCUCUGAGGAGCACAGAAGAAAACCAAGCAAAUGUUCAGGUGACAGCUGAAACUCUGCCAAAGCUCACUGAAGAAGUACAAGCUGUGCCAUGUUACCACACUCACCUGUGCAGAGUAUGGGAGCACUGCAGACUGCAGGCCAUGUGACACAUCUGGAAACUUCAUUCCCUCCUCCAUCCCCAAAGCCUCACACACUUCCAGAGCCAUUGCCAUCUCCCCCCAGGCUUUCAGCAUCUGAGCUCCACAUCCCUGCCCUUGAUGAAGCAGAUGCUUCUGUUCCAGCCUGUCUGAGAUCCCAAGAUGACACAGAACUGAAAAAAACUGAGCCAGAAAAGAGGCCAAAGAAAGUCUCACAGAUCCGAAUCAGGAAAACUGUUCCUAAGCCAGACCCUAACCUUACUCCAAUGGGACUGCCCAAACCAAAAAGGCUUAAGAAGAAAGAAUUUAGUUUAGAAGAAAUUUACACAAACAAGAACUACAAGUCGCCUCCUCCUGCCAGGAGCUUGGAAACAAUCUUUGAGGAGCCCAAGGAGAAGAAUGGACACUUGAUCUCUGUCAGCCAGCAAAAGAGAAAGCGGAUUCUGGAGUUCCAGGACUUUACUCUUCCCCGGAAAAGGAAGACACGAGGCAAAGUCAAAGCAGUGGGGAGCUUCACCCGAGCAAAAAGAGCUGCACUGCAGAGUGCAGAGUUAGAUGUUCUUCUGAGUCAGAAGCUAAUGGACCUUGAAGCCUUUUUUGCAGAGGAGGUUGAGCAGGAGCAGGCCUCCAGCAUCUGAGGGAGCCCCUUAGCUGGAAUGGUCCAGUCAGCUUCUUUAGUAUUUUUUUCAUGGGAGAAGUCUACUGACUUCUUCAUACCUUACUCUGCCACUGCUCUAACAUCUGAUAAUCAGUUUUUGGCUGUGACCCUCUUUAAGGUGCUAUUUUUUUUUUAAUGCUGUUGGAGGGAUUCUUUUAAGUCCCUAUUUGAGUGUAACACAGCCAUGUGAAAUUUACCCUUCCUUUCUCAACCUCUGGAAAUUACUGCUUAUAUUUAAUUAAUUAUGUUUAUAUAUCUUUUGGGGGUAGAGUAGGAGUGUCAGGGAGGAAGUAGUGCACCUUCAGUGAUGCUAGAACUCUGUACUCCAGAUCAUUUGCACAUUUGAGUCUGCUGUUGUUACUGUAAUGGCUAUUUUUAACAAGCUGACAAAAGAGAUAUGGUGUUUGAUAAAGAAAAAUUCUAGCAAACACAUUCUUGAUAAACCACUAACCUUUUGAGAAUUAAAAGUAGCUGUCUAGAUUAUCAUUCAAUUGUUUCUUCCUUCUGUUAACUUUGAAGGUUCCUUCUAAGUAUCUUUGCCCUUCCUGGCUCCAGGCAGCAGAAGCCCCACAUAAUUAGACAUUAAAUAACUUGCACUUUGUAUAUGCUUCUUUUAACACAAUUCAAUUCAAAAAAGGUAAUGUUUUAAGGAAAAAUGGUGCCCAGUACUAUUUUUUCCCAAAUAUAAGACUUUUUAACUUACUUGGCUGAUGCCAACUUCUUCUCCAGAGGAAAAGGUAAUUGGUCCAUGAGGGUGUUAAGCUGCAGGAUGCAUAGGCAGAGAUUUUUAUUUAACUGAGCUGAGCUGCUGCAUGCAGGGAAGACCAGCAAAAUCUUUGAUACUUAUUUUAAAGUUAUUUUAAUUCCAUUCAUUCUGACUUGAUUUUAAUGUCAACAAGAAGGGUUUGGGGUUUUUUUUACCAUUUUAGAUUUACAGUUCCUGUAGCUCAUAAUUAGACACUCUCUGUACAGCACUGUUGUACAUAAUAGCCAGUGCUGUACAAAGAGCCUCUGAGUAUGUGGACAUUGCUUUUGUUAUGUAAGGCCAUAUGUAAUUAUCUGAUGCAGCACUGGGCAAUUUCUCAGCUCUACCUUUGGAAGGAAGAGAGCUCCCUUCUGGCAUAACUUCUGUUAAACUUAACUUGAAGCAUAAAUCCAAUGCUAGCUGCUGUUCAGGUAAUUUCUGUCCUUUAGUGCCUAGAGAAGUUAUUCAGGCAAAGCUGUUGUUGCUGGGAUGCUCAAAUUUAAUUAGUCGGUUUUUUCUUUCACUUGUCACUUGAACUUGCACUUUCUUAUUUAUCUACCCAUAUAAUAGAGUUUCUAUUUACCUUCAAAUUGAGCAAAUAUCUAAUGGGUGGGUAUUUUUUAUAAAGUCCCAAUAAAUGCAGGACUGCAAA